CCUCCAUAUCAAGUCUUCAAUAUCUCGUGGGUAAAUGUCUGGGUUUUUUCAACUCGCAGAUUCGAAUUCAGACAAAGGUUUUGCAAUGGAUAGUAGCUUCGAGCAAACCUGGCAAUAUGGGAAGCUAUAUCUCCAUGUCAAUUCACUUAUCGUCGCCCAUCUUCGCGACAAUAAUCUCAAUCAGGCUGCAAGGGCAGUGUCUUCGGCAACUAUGACGCCUCUGAAUGUCGAAGCACCUCCAAACAGGCUCCUUGAUUUGGUUGCUAAGGGUCUUGCAGUGGAGAAGGAUGAGAUUUCAAGAGAAGGGGUCUCCUCGACAGCAAUUUUUCAAUUGGGUACUUCAACACCAGCUACAUAUGGCUCAAUACCGGCUCCUCGGACUGUUGCUGUUGAUUUCAGUGCUGCACAUGAUACAAAAGGAACAUCGAAGAGUUUUCCGAAGCAUGAGACACGACAUGUUUCAGAGCAUAAGAAUAUUGCCCGAUGUGCUAGGUUUAGCCCAGAUGGGAGGUUUGUUGCAACUGGAAGUGCGGACACAUCAAUUAAACUGUUUGAGAUUUCAAAAAUCAAGCAAAUGAUGAUGCCAGAUACAAGAGAUGGUCCUGUGCGACCUGUCAUACGGACAUUUUAUGACCAUCUGCAGCCAAUAAAUGAUUUGGAUUUCCAUCCUCAAAAUACCGUUUUGAUAUCUGGGGCCAAAGAUCACACAAUAAAGUUUUUUGAUUUCUCUAAAACUGUAGCAAAGAGAGCAUUCAGAGUUAUCCAGGAUACUCACAACGUGCGGUCAGUGUCUUUUCACCCUUCUGGGGAUUUUCUUCUGGCAGGUACUGAUCAUCCUAUUGCCCACUUGUAUGAUGUCAAUACUUUUCAGUGCUAUCUAUCAGCAAAUGUUCCAGAGAUUGGUGUUAAUGGAGCUAUAAAUCAGGUGAGGUAUUCAUCUACCGGUGGUAUGUAUGUGACAGCAUCAAAAGAUGGUGCUGUUCGGUUAUGGGAUGGGGUGACUGCCAAUUGUGUACGUUCCAUAGUUGGUGCACAUGGAACUGCAGAGGCUACCAGUGCAAGUUUCACUAAAGAUCAAAGGUUUGUUCUAUCUUGUGGGAAGGAUUCUUCUGUGAAGCUUUGGGAAGUUGGCACUGGAAGAUUGGUCAAGCAAUAUCUUGGGGCUACACACACACAAUUGCGGUGCCAGGCUGUUUUUAAUGAGACAGAAGAAUUUGUACUCUCAAUAGACGAACCGAAUAAUGAGAUUGUUGUUUGGGAUGCUCUAACAGCAGAAAAAGUGGCUAGAUGGCCUUCUAACCAUAUCGGUGCACCUCGUUGGCUAGAGCACUCCCCAACGGAGGCUGCAUUUGUGUCGUGCGGGACUGACAGGUCUGUGCGUUUCUGGAAGGAAAUUCUGUAGGGACCUCAAAAUGCUGGUUCAUGUAUCAUUAUCAAUUCAAGAUCUGCAUAUUGAGGAGCCAUUCAGCGAGAUAUUCCAGAGAGGAACUUGCUUUGCGGAUUGGAUUAAUGACUGAAAAAUGACUGGAGCUGCUGAAGUUCCCUCCUGUCCACAGUAAGUUCGACACCAGCGAGGAUCCAGUGUGUACAUUAUUUUUCUUUAUAUGCUGUACGGGAUUUGCUGUCUUCCCCCACUGAAUCUUGGCUUUAUCUUGGACAUAUUCCAUUUGUAUAAUUUGUUGUUUAUUUUCAUUUGUGAGCUCAAUUGUAGGACCUGAGUUUUUCAACAAUUUCUUUUAUGCACUGGCAUCUGUAUUACUGGUCUGACAGAUUGAGCAAAAUAUUUUUAAAGGUUGAAUUUGUAGCACAAGGCAGCCAUGGCAAGUAAUGAGGGAAACUUCUUAGUAAUUUUGCU